AUGAAAGGAAAUACAACCGGAUUUGUAUCUACUGAACGUCCAAAAACAAUUGUAUUACCCAAAAUAAAACAAGAAUCAAAUAAACAAACAAUACAUGAUAAUAGAUCUCCAUUGUUUAAAUCUUUAAAACAAGAAAAUCUUCUUUCACCAAAUUCAAAUAAUGUUAUAAAAAAUUCGCUUUUAGUUCAUUCUGAAUCAAAUAAACGUGUAAAAUUUUCAAAUAAUGUUAAUAAUAAUGGUGAAACAACUUCACGAUUAACUAAUGAUAAAACAGAUUCAUUAUUGAAUAAUGAUCAACAUGUUCAUCAAUCAAAUUUAACUCCUGUUUAUGAAAUUCAAUCAGAAAACAACAAUCAAAAUGAAUUAUUAAAUAAUGAUGGUACUCAUUCAGUAUCAAUGUCUAAACCUAAAUUUUAUCGUUCAAAUAGUAACAAUACUUUAUCAAUUUCAACUGUUACAUCACCAUCAAUAGCAAGCUCACGUAUUUCAUCAUUUUUACCAGCUACAUCAUCUAUUUAUCAUCAUAAUACAUCAAUGGAUAAUUCUUCAAGUAUAAUGAGUUCAUUAACAAUUAAAUAUCAUGUAUUAAAUUUAUCAUUACUUGAAUUUAAUAUAUCAUUAUCUGAAUUUGAUAAAAAAAAAUUCAAUGAUAUUCGUGAACAAAUUCCUGAAGAAUUCGAACAAUUAUUACCAACAUUAUUUAAAUUAGGUAUUGUUCUAUGGCCAGAAAAACUUUUUGAUAAAAAAGAACAAUUAACAUUAAGAGAAUUAAGAUUACGAGAAAAUUUAAUAUCAAUUAUUGAAAAAGAUCAACAAAAUUCAAAACGACAAGAUUAUCUUGAAAAUUUAUAUGGAAAUUUUUUAUCACAUGAUAAUAUUUUACAAAAACAUCAUUUAUUAAGAGAAAAUCUUUCAUUUCAAGGACAAUUAUCUUUACUUGAAACAUAUCGAGAUGAAAUAGAAAAUUUAUUAACAAAACAAAUUCAUUAUUGGAUAUCAAUACCAAUGAAAUCUAAUCGAAUAAAUUUUAAUGAUGAAAUAAAUUCAAUAAGUCAUUCAUCAUAUAUUUCUACUAUAUUUCGAACUAAAAAUAAAUUUCUUCAACCAAUAUCAUUACGAAAAACUAACAGAUAUUCAAAUAUUGAACUAUCAACAUAUGAUGAAUUAUUUUCAUUAACAUUACCAGAUCAAAUUGAUAAUCAAUGGUCAAGAAAACUUCUUGCAAAAAUUAUUGAACAAGGAAUGAAUAUUUUAGAUCAAGUGAGAAAAUUACCUCAACCUUCUUUAUUAAAUCAAUAUGAUCAUUGUAAUCUUAAAGAACAAGAAAUUGUACGAAAAUUUAAACAAUGGUUAUUUCUAUGUUCAACUCUUUAUACAGAAGAAAAUUAA